CGAAGACAGAGUGUAGGAAGUGGAAAAUAGAGCAGGUUCAAACAGGGGGAAGAGAUUACAUAGAAAUCUGUGGAAACUUUUUUUUUUUUUUUUUUACCAAACUAACAUUUUUUAAAAUCAACAACAUGCUGUUGGAAUAUUUUAUCUUUGGGGUGAUUUCCUUUCUUAUGACAGGGGCUCAGUGCAAGGAAGCUGAGGUGUUUGCCGAAGCAGGCUCUCAGGCUGUACUGCCCUGCAAAGGCAACCCUUCAUCUCGCGCUGUCCCCCUCAUCGUCUGGAGUAAAGACAAGAAAGGCACAAUUUGGAGGAAGGAAAAGACCGGUCUGCGGUACUGGGGCUCUAGCUGGUCAUCGAAAGGCACCCAACGCAUACAAUGUCCCCACUUCCAGUUUGAAAGAGGCGAUUUCAGCCUACAAAUCAACAAUGUGGGGAAGGAGGAUGGAGGAGUUUACUUCUGCAGGGUGGAGCAGGGAGGCCAUGUCACUCAAAAUGUGGUCACACUCAGAAUCAUUGCAGUGUCCGUCUCUUCAUCGGGUCCUGUAUGGGGAAACAACGUUUUAAUCAGCUGUAAUGUGACACCUAAGCCUCAGGGAGCCUCUGUGGAGUGGAUGUUAAACAACAGCCCAUUUGUGCCGCAGGCUGGAAUCAUCUCAGAGCGAGCUGAUGCUUUAAGUGUCGUGAGCGAAAAGGCAACUGUGAGACUGACCGGAAAGUGGACGUGCAUCGUUGGCUACAAGGGCGACGAGGGGCGAGCUUCGGCAGCUCUGACAGUGAAGGGAAUCAUCAACCCAUCCAAAGACAGUGCUAAAGUGUAUGCUGCUGUGGGAUCUACAGUCACUCUCCCCUGUGUGUUCUCCCCUGGUUUGAGCCCCUCUAAUCCAGUCUGGGAGAAACUGAAACCUAGUUAUCUUUUUAAACCUUCUCCCGAUCGCCUUCCUGCCUCUUUUUCUCCGACCUUGCCGAACUCUCAGGACCCAUUGGACAAAUCUGCCAGUUUGAAAGAAGUCGGGUUUGAGGAUGAGGGCAAGUACAGAUGCUCUGGCACCAUAGAAGGACAACGCCUGAGUCGAACCAUGCAGCUUGUCGUUGCCAAAAUUGAAAGCAGCAUCCCGUCAAAGAAAACAGACUCCAUGACGCUGACCUGCCAACUGACCGACUCGAGCGAGGUCACCGACUACGAGUGGGUUCAUAUGGUCUAUGACCUUAAUGGCACCCAGUCAGUUGGGUCCACCCAGAAGGGGAAGACCCUGAGUAUCAGCCAAGACUCCGAGGAGAACCAAGGAGAAUGGACAUGUGUUUUCUAUGGGAAAGGCGGCAUUUUGGGAAAUGUAACACACCACAUCCAUCUGAUGAGUGGUCUGAGUGGACAAAAAUCUUCGGGUGGCUCACACAACACUGCUGCCAUAGUCGGUCUCAGCUUUCUCCUCCUUGUUCUGCUGCUGAUUUUAGCUCAGAUGUACAAGAACUACCAAAGGAGGAGAAGGGCCUUUCAGUACCCUGCGCUGGAGACGAUUGUUCACACCAUCUCCAACGAGCGGGAGGAGAGAGAAAGGAGCCGAGUGAAAAAGUAAAGACACAAUAAAGUCGAGGCAUCGCAGAUCUCACAGCGCUUAACUGAAGUGAGAUCCAUCUUCUUCGUAUCUGCAAUAUGUCGGGAGAUUUUUGUUUGCACAAGUUUUGUAAAUAUUUCCAGAGCAGACGUUGUAGCAGAAUUGUUAUUGAGUUUGAAAAGUUGUAAAUUAUCCUGUUGUUUGAAUUCUGUUUUCAGUUAUC